GAACCGCAAACACGUUGUGUUCUUCCCCACUUCAACUUUUUUCUUUUAAAUCUUCUCUUCGACCAGCUAAACGCACAUCGAUCUAUCACUGGCAUUAUUCCCCAUAUUUAGAAAGUAAACGAAGAUGGGCCUCACGCAGGAUCAGACGCAGCGCGUCAAGACGGCCUUCCUCAGCUACGCCCAGGGCCAGCCGAAGGUGAGCGAGGCAAUGAUCGACCAGCUCAUCUGCGGCGCCAUCCCGGGGCUCAGCUGGGAGCAAUUACAGGCCAAGAAGGCCGUGCGUGCAGUCGGCCCAGACGGCUACGACCUCGGCGCCUUCUUCGCCAUCGUCAACUCCGAUCCCGCGUACGUAACGUUCAUUCAGCAGUACUUCCCUCCCGCGCCGGUAGCACCGAAGGAGCCGGAGGUGGAUGCGCUGGCGCUGAAGACCGCGAAGGGUUUUUAG